AAUGGCAUUCAACGACAAAACGUUUUCUGUAGAAGCCACAACCGCACAAAGCUCAUCCAAAACUGGAUGUUCUGGUUGUACAGUUGUUGGAGAGCUGACCAUGGAAACCAUGCUGGUCUGUGUCUGGCUGGUCAGCAGUCUGAUUCAAACGAUCUCAGGAUGUUCUCUAUCUGCACCCGGAGGAGUCACUGGGUACACAGGAGGCUCUGUGGUCCUGUCUUGCUUCUGCACUAGUGGAGGGACAAUACCGGGAUCUGCCAGAUGGUUUUUUUUUCCAAGUUCUUCUGUUAUCACAGUUUGGUCGCCUAAUGAACUGCACAACCUCUACAAAGACCGGGUCUCGAUUUCUGACUUCCGUGGAAACCUGUCUCUCCGUCUCUCAGAUCUCACUCUGUCAGAUGGGGGAAGAUACAGGUGUAGUGCAGAUGGACACCACAGAGACAUCAUUCUCACAGUGAAAGGGUGUGUUUUCUCUGAUUCUGGAUCCAUACACAUCACUGGAUUCACAGGACACUCAGUGGUCCUGCCCUGUGCCUGUACUGAUGUGCAGAUCAAACCUAAACAGAUCAAAUGGACUGCAGACCUAGGAAACCAAAACACUGUUAUAUUUCCACAAGGUCCUACCAGUGGCAAUGAUCGCUACAAAAACAGAGUGCAGCUGUUGGACUCUUUUUCCCCUGGAAACCUGUCUCUCCGUCUCUCAGAUCUCACUCUGUCAGAUGGGGGACUAUUCAGGUGUGAAGCUGAUGGACUCUACAGAGACAUAAGACUCACAGUGAAAGGGUGUGUUUUCUCUGAUUCUGGAUCCAUACACAUCACUGGAUCCACAGGACACUCAGUGGUCCUGCCCUGUGCCUGUACUGAUGUGCAGAUCAAACCUAAACGGAUCAAAUGGACUGCAGACCUAGGAAACCAAAACACUGUUAUAUUUCCACAAGGUCCUACCAGUGGCAAUGAUCGCUACAAACACAGAGUGCAGCUGUUGGACUCUGUCUCCCCUGGAAACAUGUCUCUCCGUCUCUCAGAUCUCACUCUGUCAGAUGGGGGACUAUACAGGUGUGAAGCUGAUGGACACUACAGGGACAUCAGACUUAUAUUGAAAGAAUCUGAGAAAGUGCCUAAAACCAAUGUGCCUAAAAAACAACCACCAACCAAGACUACAACUACAACUAAACCAGCAUCCUCACAUGAAAAGAAGAUCCCCGCUGGAAAGGAGGAGGCCCCUGAAGAUCAGAACAACACCUUGUUUGUGGCCAUUGCUGUUGUUGCUGUGGUCACAUUGUUCACAGUGUGUGGGGCUGUGUUUUACUGCAGAGUUAGAGGCAGGAAAAGUACACGUGUUGAGUCUAGAGGGCCAAAUGAGAAGAGGGCCAAGGAGCAGGAGGAGGACCCUGAUUCAGUGACGUAUUCUACCGUCAUGCACAGAGAAAAAGACAAAAACACAAAGAGCCAAAAUCAAACUCCUGCUGAAGACACUACAGAAUAUGCUGCUAUAAAAUUUCAUACUUAAUUUCAUGAAUGGCAUAGUUGUAUAGACACACACACACACAUACACACACACACACACACACACACCAUGGAUAGGUACACACGGACAUCGGUAGUAAAUAGGUUUGCCGCAAAAAGAUACUUUUAUGUGAAACCACUCCUUACUGUUGUUUAAACCAUGCAGCGUUUGUGAAUUGUGUCAGACGCACAUGGGUCUGGGGAUAUAGAGUCAUUUUACAUUCAGCUUUUUAUUUUUGAUUAAGCACAGCUAGUGAACCCACGAGUUCAGCAUUAUAGGUGAGGGUGAGCCAAUGUUUAAGCAGAGGUGUCACCAGUUUUUGGAAAAAUUUGGGCGGUGACUCUGCUGUCCUGACGUAGUGGGCAGUUCGUUCCAUCACUGGGGGCGUGGAUACAGUAAGGGGCCUGUGUAUAUAGUACGGGGCCUGUGUAUACAUUAA